CUUCAACAUGACACCAAUGAUAUGACAAGUGGUUUUCUCACCUCUGGCCCCAAAAGCUUCCAGACAACUCUUCUGCUGAUAUCGGAUAUUUUCUUUAGGAGGGACGUUCAUAACCCUCCUUGAACAAAACCAGGAAUGCCAGUGUUCUCAAUUCUGAACUGCCUCUUACCCUUCCGUCGAUCAUCCAUGACAUCUCCAGUGUACACUGACGGCGACUGGCAGUGUGAUAUUUGUAGCCUCUACAACAGGCCCACGACCAAGGUAUGCGCUGCAUGCAACAUGUCUCCCGCUGGUCCCGGGAUGUGGUCGUGUACAGAAUGUAGCUAUCAUAACAUGAAUGAAGUAAUUGCUUGUGCCAUGUGCUAUCAAACACGUGUGUCGGCAAAAGACUUGGCCUACACAUGGGAAUGGGCCCCUAACCCAGAGCAGUGGAUUCCUUAUGAUACUCCUACCGCUGCGGUCAUUGAGCAAGCCUUUUUGUCGAGGCUUAAGUCCACGACGCUCAACGUUGGGCCGUAUUUCAUGAUGUAUCCCAGAACAUACACGUUCCACUUUGACUAUGAAAGCGGCAACUUUUAUCAGCGCAACAGGGCGAGUGGUAUGUGUCGCACAGCAAGGAGGAGAACCGGCGAAGAACAAAUGAAAACGAUUGAUAGUAAACUGGUGGAGAAGGGUGACCGAUGCGUCAUUUGCCAGGAAAGGUUUGACGAGGAUGGGGCGAGGGAGAUUGUGCAGCUGGUGAUGUGCACUGGUCACUACUUUCACAAGGGUUGCAUCAGCGGGUACCUCAAAGUGAGAGACACCUGUCCCGUCUGUUUCAAGAACGUCGAAGCAUAACUACAUCCUUUGGUGAUAUCGUUGCAGAAUUGGCACUUGCAAUAUCUGAGCCUCAUAGUACAUCCAAUUUGUACGCAAUGUAUGUAUCAUAGUAAUUAAAUAUAGCAGAAGUUUCACUAGCA